AAAAGCACGUCAAUCGAAACGCCGACCGUAGUUACACACCGCCGAGGCAGUCCGUGACUGUACUCGGAGGUAAAAUGGCGCUGACUACUCAAGGAACAAAGAAGAAAGUUUGCUAUUAUUAUGAUGGUGAUGUUGGGAACUACUACUAUGGCCAAGGCCAUCCAAUGAAGCCGCACCGAAUCCGGAUGACCCACAACCUCCUGCUGAACUAUGGGCUCUACCGCAAGAUGGAGAUAUACCGACCUCACAAGGCCAACGCGGAGGAGAUGACCAAAUACCACAGCGACGACUACAUCAAGUUCCUGCGUUCCAUUCGCCCAGACAACAUGUCAGAGUACAGCAAACAGAUGCAGAGAUUUAACGUGGGUGAGGACUGUCCGGUGUUCGACGGCCUGUUCGAGUUCUGCCAGCUUUCCACGGGAGGCUCUGUAGCCGGAGCCGUGAAGCUGAACAAGCAGCAGACGGACAUCGCCAUCAACUGGGCCGGAGGGCUUCACCACGCCAAGAAGUCCGAGGCGUCGGGGUUCUGCUACGUCAACGACAUCGUGCUGGCCAUCCUGGAGCUCCUCAAAUACCACCAGAGGGUGCUGUACAUAGACAUUGACAUUCACCAUGGCGACGGAGUGGAGGAAGCCUUCUACACCACUGACCGGGUCAUGACCGUGUCCUUCCACAAGUACGGAGAGUACUUCCCCGGCACCGGAGACCUCAGGGAUAUAGGCGCGGGGAAGGGGAAGUACUACGCAGUGAACUACCCUCUCAGAGACGGCAUCGAUGACGAGUCUUACGAAGCCAUAUUCAAACCUAUCAUGGCGAAGGUGAUGGAGAUGUACCAGCCCAGUGCGGUGGUGCUGCAGUGCGGUGCUGACUCUCUGUCCGGAGAUCGGCUCGGCUGCUUCAACCUCACCAUCAAGGGACACGCUAAGUGCGUAGAGUACAUGAAGAGCUUUAACCUGCCGCUGCUGAUGCUGGGUGGGGGGGGCUACACCAUCCGAAACGUGGCUCGCUGCUGGACCUACGAGACCGCCGUCGCCCUGGACAGCUCCAUCCCCAACGAGCUCCCGUACAACGACUACUUUGAGUACUUUGGACCUGACUUCAAACUGCACAUCAGCCCUUCCAACAUGACCAACCAGAACACAAACGACUACCUGGAGAAGAUCAAGCAGCGUCUGUUUGAGAACCUGCGCAUGCUGCCUCACGCCCCGGGCGUCCAGAUGCAGACCAUCCCGGAGGACGCCGUGCAGGACGACAGCGCCGACGAGGAAGAGGAGGAGGACCCCGACAAGCGCAUCUCCAUCCGCGCCCACGAUAAGCGCAUCGCGUGCGAUGAGGAGUUCUCGGACUCCGAGGACGAGGGCCAGGGGGGCCGCCGAAACACCGCCAACUUCAAGAAGGCCAAGCGGGCCAAGACGGAGGAGGAGAAGGAGGCGGAGGAGAAGAAAGAAGUAAAAGAAGAAGAGAAGCCCCCCGCAGAAGAAAAAAUGGACACGAAGGGGCCUAAAGAAGAGUUGAAAACGACGCCGUGAGCGGGAACACAGCUGCGCAUGAUUUUUUACUGAAAUGUCGGACCCUGCCGGUCGCUAUAGCGCUGCUGCCAAACUUGGGUCCCUCCCCCACCCCCCCCCCCCCCCCUUCCCCUGGUGACGCAAUUCUUUUUCAAAUUCAGUUUUUUCAUUGGCUCUGACUGUGCUAGAAACCCUCUCCCUGCUAACGGCAGUCAAGAUUUAUUUUUCAUUUGGUUCCCCGUACACUCUCGAAGCCUUGGGUAUAUUUUUUCUUUCUUCUGCUGAGACCUGACGUUUAAAAGAACAUUUGUGAUGUCACAAGCAUUUUUGUGAUGUCGCGGUUAUGUUGUUUUGAUGCCAGAAGUAUUUUUGUGAUGUCACAAUAACAUUGUUGUGAUGUCACAAGAACAUGACCGUGUUACAAAGACCCUAACAUGCAGCUCCCAGAGAAGGCUGUCCUAAUUUAUUUUAUUUUUUCCCCAGGAGUUGUAUGUCUUUCCAGGUUUUUGUUUGGAUUUAAAUAGUAAUUUAAAUCAUGGAUGUUUUGGCAUUUGUUGGAAUGUCUACUCUCUUGCGCUGUCUUUACUCUGUGUGUGUGUGUGUGUGUGUGUGCGCGCGCGCGUGUGUGUGUGCGCAUGCGUGCGUGGGCAUGUGUGGGCAUGUGUGUGCACGUGCAUAUGUGGGCAUGUGUGUGUGUGCGUGCGUGUGUGGGCAUGUGUGUGUGCGUGCGUGCGUGUGUCUUCUGCAAUGAUGCCUAGGAUAGCAGGCUUGCUGUCUAUGCUCUGCUCUCUUCAAUGGCUCUAUUUUUUAAAUUUAUGUGUUCUUUUUUUAUAUGAUAGUCUUGGUUUUUAAGCUUCCCUCCGAGCAGAGGGGGGGGGGUCGGUCCGCAGGGCUGAAUAACCUUCAGAUGGUCUCAGUUUUUUCACCAGAUUCUCUGGUGCAUCGGUUUUCCUGCUCACCAGACGUGGUGACGCCUCCCAAGAAAUCUAAAGGACUGUGACACUUUAUGGAAGUUCUGGAAGUUCCGUGGUUGUGAAAAUGCCAGUUUGUAAUGGAUUUUCGUGAAGAAAAAGAAAUUUAAUAAAUAAAAGCGUAAGGUUUGUUUUGUC